UUUCGUUGUAAUUUAUCGCGAUUUGUGAUAUCGAGACAUACAGUCCAUGGAUUUGUGCGUAUGUCAGUGCGUGAUUUGUCUUCAGAGCUGUAUGCGAUUGGUUGCCGUUGUAUUGUACAUAUAAUUGAGCUGAACAUGAACUCAAGAUUAAAUCCUUGGACGCUUUAUCUUUUAUUUUAAUAAAAACAAACUUUUUAUGUCUGAAAAGAUCGAGAUGAAAGCCCCAGAGCCAAGAAUGGCUCGCAUUAGCAAGACAACUAAGAUUGUUGCCCUGUGUUCAUUAGCAAACUUUGUGAAUGCCGCUGACCGUGUUAUCAUGCCCAUUGCGGUGGUGCCAAUGACUAAGCAGUUCAAUUGGGACUUGCAGGAGCAAGGAUGGGUGCUGAGCGCAUUUGCAUUCGGUUACAUAAGUAGUCAGAUCAUUGGAGGCCGCACAGCACAACAUUUUGGUGGUAAAAUCACCUUAGGAUUUGCUGUGGCAGUAUGGUCCUUGGCAACUUUUAUGACACCAUUCAUUGCACCGUAUCUCGGACUUGUCAUUAUGUCAAGAGUGCUAUUAGGGUUUGCUGAAGGUUUUUGCCUGCCAACUAUUUACCACAUAUUCUCGCAUACAAUCACUGCAGAAGAGCGAUCCAGGUCCUUUGGUUAUUUAGUGGCAGCAGGAUCUGUAGGCCAGACCAUUGCUGCUGUUAUAUGUCCCAGAUUUCCUUGGCCAAUGAUGUUUUACAGUUUUGGUAUUAUUGGUAUGGCGUGGAUAGUAAUAUGGGUACUAAUGUUCAAAGAAAGUACAGCUGAGGGUGAUACUGAGAUGUUGCUCUUGCCCAAGGUGGACACACGACACUCAGCAACUUGGAGUGCAUUUAUCAUGCAUAGAGCUUUAUGGGCAAUAUACUCUGCUCACUUUGCUAUGAACUGGUCAAAUUAUAUCAUAUUGUCAUGGUUACCAACAUAUCUUACACAACUUGGUGCAAAUAAAAAUGAUAUUAGUUUUACUGCUAUACCUUAUAUUAUGAACUCUCUAGUUGGAGUUGCUGCUGGUCAUUAUGCAGAUUCCCUGAUAUCUAAGAGACAAUGGACCCUAUUAUCAGUAAGAAGACUGAUGUCAACCAUCGGUUUGCUAGGACCGGCUGUAUUUAUUUUGUUAUUUGGAAAAAUGCAAAGUGUCCUGUUAGCUCUCUGUUUUGUGUCAAUCUCUCUUGGGCUUUGUGCCUGUAACUCUGCAGGCCACAUGAGUAAUCACGCCGAUGUGGCACCAAACCAUGCUGGGAUAACGUUCGCCAUUUCAAACACCCUGGCCACUAUCCCAGGCAUCACUUGUGGGCCAGUCACAGCAGCUAUUGUAAGUUACACUGGAAGUUGGUAUCCUGUGUUUGUUAUUGCUGCCUCUGUCAAUCUUGCUGGAGCUCUCAUCUAUAACAGCCAAAGUUCUGCUAGUCAAGUGUUAUAGUGUCCGAACG